UUCAGUGUGCUUUUUGCUGAUUUCCAUGUGUUCCUCCCCUCCUCCCUCCACACUGUGCUGUCACUGAGACGGUCCCCUCACUCUUUAUGUGCUCUCAUUUUCUCAGCUGUCUUUGACAGAGUUUCUUCAAGUUGAUGCUCUGCUUACUUUGGAGUAGGGGCAACUAAAAUUUCUAUGCAUUGAGAGAGAGAGAGAAAAAAAGCAUGUUUAUUCUCAAACACACCAGCAUCUAUAUUUAAUGUUAACACGCUGUCAUUUCCUUCCUAAUCCAUACACUGUGGUUUAUAGAACAAAACACAGCCUCCCUCACAUCCACUCUCAUUGGUGUUCAUUGGUGAUCACUUAACAUUGGAACAACCUCAGGCGUUAUGGAUAAAAUCCUCUGUCACGGAGCGCACUUCACCAGGCAUCAACACAGCCAUGCUACCUCCUGCCGACACUUUCACCUGGGCGCUCCCCAGGCACCCAUCUCAGCAGAGUUCCCUCUAGGACACGCCAGCCAGCCGCCUCAGACCGGCCUGGCCACCCACCUGCCCCCGGCACACCAUCCGCCCCUCACUGCCCUGCCCGCGCCCCCUCAGUUCCAGGAUGUGCCGGGGCCUCCAUUCCUACCUCAGGCCUUACACCAGCAAUACCUCAUCCAGCAGCAGCUUCUUGAAGCGCAGCACCGCAGGAUUCUCCCACACUCCAGAAGAACCCAGGAGCGUAUCCCCCUGAACCCUCACCGGCUGCGUUCAGGCUACGAGUACUCCCCUCCCCUCCAUGUUCCCCAGCCAAUGACACAGCAGCAGCAGCGGUACCUGGCCGAAGGCACCGACUGGGAUCUCAGUGUUGAUGCCGGCCUCCCUCAUCAUCAGUACCAGCUACAGCAGCUUCCGCAGCACUAUCAGCAUUACCUGGCCUCCCCUCGAAUGCACCACUUCCCCAGGAACACAUCUUCUGCACAAGUGGUUGUGCAUGAAAUCAGAAACUACCCGUACCCCCAGCUUCACCUGCUGGCACUGCAGAGUCUGAAUCCUUCGAGGCACGCCACCGCCGUGAGAGAGAGUUAUGAGGAGCUGUUGCAGCUGGAGGACCGGCUGGGGAGUGUAAGCAGAGGAGCAGUUCAGACAACCAUAGAGAGGUUCACCUUUCCACACAAAUACAAGAAGAGGAAGCCCCUGCAGCUGAAGAUCGGGGAGGAGGAGGAGACAGAUGUGGAUGAGAAAUGCACAAUCUGUUUGUCCAUGCUGGAGGACGGGGAGGACGUCAGGAGACUGCCCUGCAUGCACCUCUUCCACCAGGGCUGCGUGGACCAAUGGCUGGCCACCAGCAGGAAGUGUCCAAUCUGUCGGGUUGACAUCGAAACACAGCUGAACCCCGACAGCUGAUGAGAUGGAACGCCCCUCCUCUCCUUGUCAAUCACCCUCGCGUGGUUCCUGCUUCCUUCCACCCCGGCUCUCCGGCCCCACACCUCCCCCCUUCCCCUCUACACCCCCAUCGUUGGGUGCUUUGCCAAAUGUCUCCAGACUUCACGUGACAUCAUCACCCUUCUGACUCACGCUUUACUGAGCCAAGCCAGGAUAACUAACUGCACGAGAGAGGCCGCGAGGGUCCUCUCUUUAUAUAGAAGCACAUCCCCUCUGGAGGCUGAAGACACGCGAACACACACACAUACUCAUGUACACAGGGUUUACUUGUAGCUUGCUGGUCGUAAGUGGGGUGUUGUUGCUGUUGUGGUGUUGUACUGUAGGUAGCUCCGGGCUGUGUAGCAUGUCCUCAAAGCCAUGACUUAAUGUCCUGAGAGUGGAGAACACUGAACCCCACACUGAGCUGGCUACUUUCUCUCUUUUCUCUCUCUCUCUCUCUCUCUCUCUUUCUAUAUAUAUAAAAAUAUAUAUUUCUCUCUUUUCAAAACACACUUCAAUCAAAAGUGAAUAUUCUGCCACACGAGAAACUAAAUGCUCUGAUGCCAUGUCUACCUAAAGAUCAUUUGUGGUCGUAGUAGAGUAGCAGUAACCAACCAAGUGACGAUGCGGUGCGUUUGUGCGCCGGCUAGCUGAGUGUUUUAAAAAUCCUAUCAUGCAGCUUUGACAUUUUGCAAUACA